AUGGCGGCUGAUACCGAUCCAGAUGCAUACCGCGAGGCCUAUCUCUCGUCCCAGCGUGGCCACCUGUUCAAGGUCUUGGACCAGCUCGACGUCUGCGCCCUGAUUUCGCUGGCGAGUAAUCUUCGUCGUGGCGUCCCUUGCUCGAUCCCCGCUCUCACGGCCGACAGAGACACCCAGUGGCGACGCAUCUCGAAGCAUAUGACCAAAACCGAUUUCCACGUGGAUAUAAAUUUCCAGGAUGGCGUGGUGUGGGAUGCACGGAUACGGCUGAGGAAUGACGCUUUCCCGCCCCUGUCGGUGCAGAAAUAUAUCUUUCUUAGCGAGGUGUUCACGCUCAAAUUCCUCGAGAAAACUGCCGUGCCUGCCCCCGGGGUAUACUACCACUACUGGGCUGACUCUGCGGAUGGCCAUGUCGGCGUAUCAUUCGUCCUUCUGGAGAAGAUGGGCGGUCGGAAACUGCAGUGGGACAAAGCCAGCAAAUCGAGACAGACGAAGAUCAUGGAACAGCUGGUGGAUAUCUCACUCGAGCUGGAGCGCCAUUCGUUCGAGAUGACCGGGUCAAUCGUCCCGUCGGACGAUGGAGAAGUCAGCAUAGGCGGAUAUGCACAGCUUCCCCUGUUCCGCGACUCUCUGACUCCAAUUGGGCCGUUCUCAAGCCUUAACGCCUCCCUCAGAGCCAUCAUGCACUUACAGCUAGACAUCAUCACCGACGGCGAGUUCGCACAUCUCUCCCUCUGCCACUUCCUGUCCUACCUCUGGCGCCUGCACACGAUCCCGGACCUGGUCGCCUCGACAGAGAGCCGCGAAGGCGGGCCCUUCUACCUCAAGCACUUCUGCGAAACGGACGACCACAUCAUGGUCGACGACGACGGCAACAUCACCGCCAUCAUCGACUGGUCCUCCUCGUCAAUCAAGUCAAAGGAAUACGCCUUCAGCUCCCCGGCCAUGCUUUGGCCCACCCGCAGCUUCGUCGGCGGCGACAACGCCCUCUCCCCCGCCGAACUGGAGUUUGCAGAUAUAUACCGCCGCCGCGGCAGGCCUGACAUGGCAGACAUCGUGCUGAAGGGCCGCCGGCUACAGCGGUUUCUGUACUCGUUGGGCGACAGCUGGACGGCCGACCAGUGGGGGUUUGAGGCGUUGUUUUUGGGCCUGCGGAAGGCCUUUAUUCGGGAGGGCGAUGAGAAUUCGGCAGCCGUUGCGCAGGAGUCGUUUGAGUUCUGGAAGAAGAAGCUUAUUUCGAAGUACUCGGUUGAGUACCCGCAGUUACAGCGGCUUUUUUGA